AUGUCUGCUGCGGACGUCUCUAAUGCCUCUCCGGCUGCGGGCCAGAAUGGCAGCCCCGAUGCUCCUACCCAAAACGGCGCACCCGCCAUCGACACCAGUGUCGCCCCGUCUGGUGCCACUGGCGACGAUGUCCCUACACCCUACUCUGCGACCCCCAACACCGCGCAGCACUCGGCCUCUCUCUAUGUCGGCGAGCUUGAUCCCUCUGUCACGGAAGCCAUGCUUUUCGAGUUAUUUUCCUCCAUCGGCCAGGUUGCUUCGAUUCGUGUCUGCCGUGACGCUGUCACCCGCCGCUCUCUUGGCUAUGCCUACGUCAACUACAACAACACCGCUGAUGGUGAGAGGGCACUGGAAGAUCUGAAUUACACUAGCAUCAAGGGUCGCCCGUGCCGUAUCAUGUGGUCUCAGCGCGAUCCCGCCCUCCGCAAGACUGGACAAGGUAAUGUCUUCAUCAAGAACUUGGAUGCGGCGAUCGACAACAAAGCGCUCCAUGACACCUUCUCUCAGUUUGGCAAUAUCCUCAGCUGCAAGGUUGCCCAGGAUGAGCUCGGAAACUCGAAAGGGUACGGCUUCGUCCAUUACGAGACCGCCGAGGCUGCAAACCAGGCCAUCAAGUCGGUCAACGGCAUGUUGUUGAACGACAAGAAGGUCUUUGUUGGUCAUCACAUCGCAAAGCGAGAUCGUCAGAGCAAGUUUGAGGAGAUGAAGGCCAACUUCACCAAUGUCUACAUCAAGAACAUCGACGAGUCGGUCACUGAUGAGGAAUUCACAAAGCUGUUUGAGCAGUACGGCAGUGUUGUCUCCGCCACCAUUACUCGCGACGAAACUGGCAAGAGCCGUGGCUUCGGGUUUGUCAACUUUGCCAGUCAUGAAUCCGCCGCUCAAGCGGUGGAUGAACUCAACGACAAGGAAUUCCAUGGCAAGAAUUUGUAUGUCGGGCGCGCUCAGAAGAAACACGAACGUGAGGAAGAGCUUCGCAAGCAGUAUGAAGCUGCACGCAUGGAGAAGGCCUCCAAAUAUCAAGGCGUCAACUUGUAUGUCAAGAACUUGACCGAUGACGUGGAUGACGACAAGCUUCGUGAUCUGUUCAGCGGCUAUGGAACCAUCACGUCUGCCAAGGUUAUGCGCGACGCAGCCGAGCGCACUGCAUCUCCUGCUGCGGACAAGGACAAGGAGAACAAGAAGGAAGAUGUCGAAAAGGCUGAGGAAGAGGAAAAGACUGAGACUGAGGGUAAUGAAGAGGGCAAUGAUGAUGCCAAAGAAGCCAAGAAAGACGGUAAACCUGGUCAGAAGUUGUUUGGCAAGAGCAAGGGAUUCGGCUUCGUCUGCUUCAGCAAUCCGGACGAGGCUUCCAAGGCAGUCUCGGAGAUGAACCAGAAGAUGGUCAAUGGCAAGCCGCUGUAUGUUGCCCUCGCUCAACGCAAGGAUGUUCGCAAAAGUCAGCUUGAGGCUAGUAUCCAAGCACGCAACACCCUUCGGCAGCAACAACAGGCGGCCGCGGCUGGUAUGCCCCAGGGCUACAUCCAACCCACUGUCUUCUAUGGUCCAGCCGGACAGCAGUUCCUGCCCCCUGGGGCUCAGCGUGGAGGCAUGCCAUUCCCCGGUCAGCCUGGUAUGGUCAUCCCUGGUAUGCAAGGCGGGCGUGGACAAUUCCCUGGUGGUUUCCCACAACAAGGCCGUGGCAUGCCUCAAGGCCAACAGCUUCCUCCGAAUUUCGGUCUCCCGGGACAGAUGCCGUUUAUCCAGAAUCCGGCUCUUGUCAACGGUAUGUACAACAAUCCUCAGGCCUUGGCCCAAAUGCAAGCUCAGAUGGGUCGUGGCGCCGGUGGUCGUGGACAGAUGCAAGGCAUGCAGGGUAUGCCUCCCAACAUGCAGAGCAUGACUGGCGUGCGAGGUGGCGCGUUCCCGCAAGGCGGUCGCGGAGGUGGUUUGCAGAACAUGGCUGGCGGCCAAGCAGGUGCUCGUUUGCCUCCACAAGGCCGUGGACAGAUGAUGCCUGCCCGAGAAGAGGUGCCCGCUGGUGGUCUCAGCAACCUUGCAUCUUUGCCUCCCAACCAACAGAAACAGAUGCUUGGUGAAGCCAUCUAUCCCAAGAUCCAACAGAUUCAACCGGAACUUGCUGGCAAGAUUACUGGUAUGCUUUUGGAAAUGGACAACUCGGAACUGCUGGCGUUGAUUGAUGACGACAACGCUCUGCGUGCCAAGGUUGACGAAGCACUUACUGUCUACGACGAGUAUGUCAAGGGCCGUCAAACUACCAGCGAAGGUGGUCCCAACGGCACGAAGGAGGAGGAUGUGUCCAAGACUGAAGGCGCCGAAGCCACGGCUUAG